AUGGAUGCAUCAACAUGUCCAACUGCUGAUGCAAUCAGAGCUUUCCUUGAAUACUUGGUAGAUCCAUUGCUGCAAGAAGAUCAUUCUACCAAUGAUGAUCUUCCACUAUCACAACAUGAAAAAGUUGCAAACCAGGUGCAUGCAGUCGUGUUAUUGAACAACUACUACCACAUAAAACUGAAUCAAGAGCUAGCAUUUUUGCCAUAUAGGGAAUUUUGCAAGAUCAUUGUGGAUCUGAGACCACCACUGUCAGCAUAUAUGAAAUUCAUGUUGCAGCCUGAUUAUGCUGAGCUCGUUGACGUGGAACAGAAACUUUCAUUAACUGAAAAGGCGAUCAUGAGUUCCCAUGAUAUAUGUUUAUCUUUAGAUGCAUCGAAACAUGUUCCUAAUAUUGAGGGUUGGCCCAUUUCAAAAGUUGCGGUCCUUUUGGUUGAUAGUAAGAAGGAAAACUGCUUCUUGCGUUUUAAUUCCUUCACUGAUGGAGUAUGGUCAUUGAUUGAAAAAGAUGUUGAUACUUCAUAUCAAAUUGCUGAAGUUACAAGUGAGAUCAAAUCUCCAUACAAAAGAAGAGGAGUAAUUAUGAAGCGUUCGAAAGUCAUAUUAAAUGAAGAUCAACUCUUGCAAGUUGGAUAUUCUGCUGUUAAGGAAGCUGCAAGUGUCAAUAGUAUUGAUAUGAUGCUUUUGGGAAGUUACAAUGUGUAUUCCCAGAGCAAAGAGAGGACAGCUUCUCGCUUUUAUAUAAUGAAGUGCUCACAGUCGAUCGUUGAAGGGUUUACUAAAGUUCCUAUCAAAGAUUUAAUUGAAAGCUUUCGAGGUCCUUUGGUCAAAAGAAGUUCUAGCAGUUGGAAGACCACCCCAGUUGUCAAGUACUUCCACAUGCUUCCUUAUUCUGAAAUAAUCUCAGAAUGGAUUUCUAGAGAAGCUUUCUCAAAUAGUUUGCAAGAUUUAAACGUGGCAGAGAAACAAUUCUCAAAGGUUAAAGUGAGAGAAUCACAUGUUGAGAAGGUUUGUUCAACAAGGAUGCACAUCAGUAAGGAUGGAAUCAAGGAUCAACCGGCUUCAGAUACCAUUUCUAAAAAUGAAUUUGAAGGAUGUGCAAGUAAUGUCACCAGGAAAAACAAAAAAGAUCGAAAGCAAAUAGGAUCCCAUGAUACAAAUCAAGAGGGACCUAAUACAAGAGACAAAAAUGGUCCAAUAAAGGUGGGUACAAAUUCUAGUGAUACACCAAAUCAAAGGCCUAAGAGAUUGAUCAAGAGACCUAGCAGAUUCAAUACUUAA